GCAUACUUCAAGGUGAUUGGAAAGAUGUAAAAUUCUCACACGUUUAUUAGACUUCUGAUUCAAAAUGUAAAACUUACUCGACUAAAUGAUACACUACUAGAACAAUGUGGAAACUUUUCAAAAGUUUACCCAGAUACUCGCUGUUAGAAUCUUUUGGUCGAACCCAGCCUAAUAAUGCAAACAGGUCCACUCAAGCCACUCAUCAUGGGGAGGAACAAGUUAUCCAGAAUUCAAAGGAACAAUUACAGUUCACAUACAACCCUCUGAAUUCUAUUGAAAGAAAUGACCAGAAUAGUUUGUCAGUAAGAGUUUUACAUGAGAAUAAAUGGCGGGGAAAGAAGAAAGACUUUUGCGACGAUUUCUGGACAAGUAUCAGAGAACCUUACAGUGCAGUAGAAGCUGUGACUUUAGGUUCUGUUGUCGUGCUUGGCCUUCACCUUCAUCGACUAUUUCCACAGAAGGGUCACAAUGAUAAGUGCUUUUACCAACAGCUAUGUCACAUGGUGUCAUCCAUGCCAGGCUCCACACAGGGGUCCAAGAAAUCUGUCCUACCUUCCUUGCAGGGUUCUAAAAUAUCUGAACCUGAGAUAGAGACACCGGUUGAAGAGGCUAAUGCUCCCACAGAAUUGCAGGCUGGUGCGGAGAAACCAAUUAAUCUAGAAAAUAAUCUUUCUCGGGCCAUCGAAAACUUUAUGGUAUUAGCCAGUCAGUUCAAGUCCUUGGUUCAUCACAAUGCAGGCUUAGAUUUUGCUAAGAAGGGCCAGUAUUCUAAUGCAGUGAAAGAGUGGACCAUAGCAAGUAGUCAAGGCUAUAAUAAAUCACAGUUUAACCUGGCACUCUGCUAUGAACUAGGAAAGGGCAUUGAUAAGAAUCUACAAGAGGCAUUAAAAUGGUACAAAGAAGCAUCAGAGAGUGGUCAUAAGGAGGCAAUCUUCAACCUAGCAGUGAUGCACUACAAGGGUCUUGGUGGAUUGAAGCAAGACAAACAGUUGGCUAUGCAGCUUGUAGAGAAAGCAGCUAACCUAGGAUUAACUAAGGCUCAAGUUCGAUUAGGUCUGUUGUACACUGAGAGUGACGAAAACAAAGAAGAGGCUGUCAAACUUUUCACUAAAGCUGCUAAUAAAAAGGACCCUGAUGGACAGUAUUAUCUGGGUAUAUGUCAUGAGAAUGGCUGGGGGGUGAAGGUGAAUGAAUGCAAAGCUUGUGAACUCUACAACCUUGCAGCCAAAGAAGGUCAUGCCAAAGCACAGUAUAACCUUGGGGUCUUCUUUGAACAUGGACGAGGAGGUCUUCCAAUUGACAAGAAAACUGCGGAAGUGUUUUAUGAAAAAUCUGCAGAAUCUGGGAACGAGGCUGCUAAGUAUGAUUUGGAGAGACUUCGUGCUGAGAGAGCUGUUGAACUCUGGACAGAAACAUUUGAUCAGAUGCCAGACAGACUAAAGCUUGGUUUCUUUGAGCACAAUAACUGUGGGCAAGCAGAGACUCAAACGCACAACAGUAUAACUAACAAAGCAAACAGUGUUAACGAAGCAACAGAGGUGGAUAACAAAACAACACACAAAACAGCUAAUACUCUUUCUACUUCUGAGACGGUAAUCAAACAAAACAAUGACAGUAACUCACUGGCUAUUGACCUUGGGUAUGGAACAUAUGAGGAUGUUCCCAAAAUAGCGCAUUCAAAUUCAUCGCCUACAUUUUCAUACAUCGACCAGAAAUCCAAUGAGUUUUAUCUCAAUUUGGACUACCAGCAAUAUAAUACCAAGGAUAUUCUUGGUAAUUACAAGGUCGGCUCUCUUCUCCCUCAGUUCUUAAAUCAAAGAAUUGCUGAGUCACCACCGAAGUUUUACAUUGGGGGUGAAAAUCAUGAAGACACUGGUGCUGAAUAUGAGUUCACAUAUUUUCAGGAUGAGACUGUCGCUAAUAAAAAAAGUCCUGCAAUUGUAAUGUCAGGGAUUAAUAAGUCAAGAAGCGCACAAAAUUUUGACUUAAUACAACUUGGAACAUAGUUAUUAUGGUACUAAUAAAGAACAUUGUGUAGAAAUAUUUCCUGUGUUGUUUAUAUUUUUGUAUUCAGUAAAGCCUAAGUCACAUUUGCUCUACGUAGCUUCACAAAAUCAAUAUAGA